UCGGCCUUUUAACCCCCCUCCAGGUCAAAGGUUAGAGUUCAACCUGCCCGCCUUCUGGAGGCAGGAGAAACAAGAUGGCAGAUCAACAAGACCUGUCUUAGUUAAUCUAACUUUUCCCACUGUUGAUUUCUACACGUUAAAAAUAUAUACAAUUAGCUAGACAAAGCAAUCUAGCUCCCACGCCUUUUUAUGGUUGAUAUAUCAGCUACUAAAAGCGAGAUUUCACAGAUUAGCUGAUUGCUAACUGCCGUUAGACUGCUAAGCUAGGCUAGGCUAGGCUAGGCUAGGCUAGGCUAGCCUGUUUCUGUCUGGUCGGAGCGUAGUGAGACCUGCCAUCAUGCAGGACCUGAUAGCCACCGUGGACCACAUCAAGUUUGAUCUAGAGAUAGCUGUGGAGCAGCAGCUGGGGGCUCAGCCUCUCCCUUUCCCCGGGAUGGACAAGUCCGGGGCUGCUGUGUGUGAGUUCUUCAUGAGAGCUGCCUGUCUCAAAGGUGGGAUGUGUCCGUUCCGUCACAUCAGUGGGGAGAAGACGGUGGUGUGUAAACACUGGCUCAGAGGACUCUGUAAGAAGGGAGACCAGUGUGAGUUCCUACACGAGUACGACAUGACCAAGAUGCCCGAGUGUUACUUCUACUCCAAGUUCGGAGAGUGCAGUAACAAGGAGUGUCCGUUCCUCCACAUCGACCCAGAGUCUAAGAUCAAAGACUGUCCCUGGUAUGACAGAGGCUUCUGCAAACAUG